AUUACCAGCAGUACUCCGGAUCUUUUUAUAACCUCUGAGUUUGAGUUUAUUUUUAUUUUUACAGGGACGGUGCACAUUAAUCAACGUUUCAGGAAAAGUGCCGGUUUUAGCCAGCCGGCUAAUUUUCAACCUCAGUCCCUGGGCAGGUUAUUAAAAACAAUUACAAUAUAGACAAUAGCAACAUAGGACAAGCAAGACGUAGAGCAAAAAGCAGCAAGACAAAAUUCAUAAGACUGUGAUCGAGACAUCAAUCACUGUCCUGUGACCAAUCAGAUCUGAGGCAGUUGCAUUGUUCUCAGUUUGGGAGACCACUGCUUGACAAUUCUGAGAUCCUUACCUUUGGAAUUCCAUGCAGGACAACAUGAUUUUGAAACAUUUGAAAUGUAUCUUGGUUCUACAAUACUUUAUUAGUUUCGUCUCAACAGAGAUUGCAGCUGAGAAAGCUCUCCCUGAGCCGCUCAACCUGUCAUUGACGUGGGAGUCUGAAUUCCGUAUAAAGCUGUCGUGGAACGCACCAAAUAAUGUAUACGCGCCGUGCAAGGUGAACUACAUGAUCACUACAACGAUCGGAGAGAGGAGACCCAAAGUAGAGACAACUUUCAAGUUGUAUAAAGAGUAUAGACUCUCUACAGAAGAUGCAGUGAAUUACACAGUGCAAACAAACCCCAAACACUGUACAGGUAGAACCAUAAGCAAACCUGUCAGCAAAUCCAUCACUAAACCCACAGAGUUGGUGAAGAACUUCCAGUGUUCCCUCUACUCCUCUAAGGCCAUGAACUGCAGCUGGCUCCCAGCCAAUCAGGCCUCAGACCUCCAGCUCUACUAUGGGUACCUUGGUCCCUCCCACAUAGCAGCAUGCAGUGAGUACCAGUACAGAGAUGGUCAGAGGACAGGAUGUCACCUGAGAGGAUCCUUCCUUCAAUAUGACGUCUACUUCAAGGUCAAUGGGACUCUCGAUGGCUUAUCUGUACAGAAUAACUUCCUGGUGCUUCCUAGAUAUCAUGUCAAGCCCCCGGCCCCUAAGGUGAAGAUCACAGAGGAAGGUAGGAAUCUCAUCCUGAGCUGGGACACUCCGGACAUAGGCGCUGUCCACUGCUGGAAUUUCAUCUUAAAAUACAACAAGUGUCAAGAGUCUCUGGGUAAGGAAAUACAAUUGGAACAUGUACCAGGGAAGGUUUCAUAUGACCAGAGAUGCCAGUACAGAGUCAAGCUUAAAGCAGUCUAUACGAAAUGGUGUGGGGAGGGAGGCAGCGACUGGAGUGAAGAGGAAAUCUAUGGCACAGAAAUGAGUUUUUCCCCCGAGGACCCUAACUGCACUGCUUAAGAGUGUCCGGAGUGGGAGCUCUGCAAUCGAUCAUAGAUCAGCACUCCAACUCUGAAACCACUCAUGACUGCAAUUUUUCCUCUCUCUAUACCUCUCUCUUUCCUUUCUUCUGUGCUGCUCAAGCAGCGCUGGAUUUCUGUGAUUAUUGCACGUUUCUAGAUUAUUGCACGUCCACUAAAGGGGCAUUACACUCAAAAAAUGUAAAUUUUGGCACAUGUUUGCACAUCUCAAAAGUAGUAUUAUGUCUCAAAAGUAGACUUAAAGGGAUAGAUCACCCCGAAAUUACAAACGUACAUUGGAUUCCUUACCCUGUAAGCAGUCAAUGGACAAGGCAAGACAGCAGUCCAUGCUUUGGUUUAUAGCACAAAACCACUGCAAGUGGAUAUCCCUAAUUUUUAUAAGCAUUUUCACAUUCCAUGUCCAAAUCAUCCCAGUGCCAAAAAUUGAUUGUCUAGCUCAAUACAGUUAGUUUAAGAUGAUUUGGACAUGAAAUGUGAAAUAUGCUAAUAUCACAGAUAGUCAGUUAAAUUGGUUUUGUGCUAUCAAUGUUAAAAAGAUGGAGACCGUGACCAGGUAAACAAAACCCAAGCAAGGAUUGCUGUGUUCUCUUGUUAAUAGACUGCUUACAGGGUAAGGAAGCAAGCAGAAUACUACCCUGUACCCCACUGCUGGCUUGCCUCGGAAGCUAAGCAGGGUUGGUCCUGGUCAGUCUCUGGAGACCCAGAUACUGUUGGAAGUGGUGUCGGAGGGCCAGUAGGAUGCACUCAUUCCUCUUGUCUAAAAAAAUAUAUAUCCCAAUGCCCUGGGGCAGUGAUUGGGGACAUUGCUUUGUGUAGGGUGCUGUCUUUCAGAUGGGAUGUUAAAUAGGUGUCCUGACUCUCUGUGAUCACUAAAGAUCCCAUGGCACUUAUCUUAAGAGUAAGGGUUUUAACCCUGGUGUUCUGACUAAAUUCCCAAUCUGGCGACCUAAUCAUCCCCAGCUUCCAAUUGGCUCAUUCAUCACCCCUCUCCCCUGUAAUUAUUCCCCAGGUCAUUGCUAUAAAUGAGAAUGACUACAGUCAAUUUAACUGGUAAAAUAAGGGUUAAAUAAAAUUAACACAAAUUACAUGUUGGUUUAUUUAACUAUCCAUUUAAAUCCACAUCCCAUGCCAUUUAUUGUGUAGACACACCUAUAUGCAAAAACCCCACAAUGAAUGAAAAGGAUAAGCACCAAAUAAGACCUGGAAAUUAUAUGGUGUUGAUCUUUUCCUGUUGGCGUUGAGACAUACAGCUGGCUUGGGGUUUGUAUUCAUCUUGUGAAAAGGAGAAAAUAAAAAAAGUCUAAUUAUA